AUGCGACAAACCUUCUCCAAGCACUAUGCACAACAAUCCAUUCGAAGAGCGAGAGAUUCCAACAGCGAUGAUACACCAAGCCAUGGAGACGCCGAUCCUACUUACCCAGCAAUUUCUCGACUCAUGCUUAUUCUCACUUCCUGUGCACUGUCCGUCUUUCUCGUUGCUCUAGACAAUACGAUAAUAUCUACAGCGAUUCCGCGUAUCACAAAUGAGUUCCGUUCCUUGGAUGAGAUCGCCUGGUAUGGCAGUGGUUUCUUUGUCACCAUGGCCGCGUUUCAAAGCAUGUGGGGCAAGCUAUACAAAUUCUUCGACGUGAAAUUCGUCUAUCUGGUAUCAAUUCUGUUAUUCGAGGUCGGCAGUGUGAUUUGUGCUGCAGCACCGAGAUCAAGCACAUUGAUUAUCGGUAGGGCGAUUUCAGGCAUUGGAGGUGCAGGGGUCAGUACUGGGAGUUAUUUGAUCGUGGCUUUGAGUGCACCGCCUAGAAAGAUGGCUGCAUUACAGGGCGUCAUAUCUGCUAGUUUUGCCAUUGCAAGUGUAGUUGGGCCAUUGGUUGGGGGUGCUUUCACGGAUUAUGUUUCCUGGAGAUGGUGCUUUUGGAUCAACCUGCCUGUUGGAGGUCUUGCCAGCGCCUUCGUAAUGUUCUUCUUCGCCACCCCCAAACAUGGCAGGCCGGUUCAGGCGUCAUGGAAAGAAAAGCUGCUGCAGAUGGACUUCGCAGGAACACUUCUCCUGCUUGGAGCCGUCAUCUGCUUCCUUCUUGGCAUGCAAUGGGGCGGUAUAACCCAAUCCUGGAGUUCCGGCAGUGUCAUCGGAACAUUAGUUGCAGCAGGGCUGAUUUCUGCAGUUUUCGUCAUUGCGGAGAGAUAUCUGAAGGAGCGAGCCACGCUAAAUAUACGGCUGCUAACCACUAGACCCAUCGCACUCCUCAUGAUGCAACAGGUGUGCGUAUGUAGUACUUUCUUUAUGCUGCUCUACUACCUCCCCAUCUACUUCCAAGCGGUUUCUGGGACGAACCCAACACAGUCUGGCAUUCGCAUCAUUCCUCUGCUCGCUACUAGUUCCAUCUUUGCCAUCCUCUCUGGCAUCCUCAUAUCUAUGACGGGAGAAUUUCAGCUCAUUGCAAUAGCAGGCAACGUUCUCAUUACUAUUGGCAGCGCCUUGACCUAUACCCUUGGUGUUGACGCUCCGGCGCACCAGUGGAUUGGAUACCAAAUCCCCGCAGGUAUUGGCCUCGGUCUCAGCGUGCAGAUUGCCCUCAUCGCAUGCCAGGCCCUUGUCGAUGCCCCCGACCUCUCCACGGUCUCAGCAAUGGCUUUAUUUUUUCAACUGCUUGCUGGUGCUGUUUGGUUGAGUGUAGCGCAGACUCUAUUCGGGAACAAGCUCUUGUCCUCAUUAGUUCGAAAAUUUGGAUCAGCGCGUGCGGACUCCCUUUUCCACGCUGGCCCUCUUGAGAUGAGAGCAAUGUUAAGCAAAGAAGAGCUGCAGGAUGCGGUUGAGGCAUACAUGGAAGGCAUAAAGACUGCUUAUGCGGUUGCCUUGGCGCUUGGUGCAGCUGCGUUGGUGGUCUCAGUUGUGGCGUUUGUCGUUGAUCGGAGAAAAUUGGGUAAGGGUGUGACGGCCCAUGUGGGGUAG